UUUUUAAAAACAUGUUAUUUUAAAAAAUAACGGCGAGGGUGAACGAUUUGUUUUGCCACUUAGGCUGCUGAGAGAUUUCGCUAGAGUUAUCAUAGAUGUUACUGUUAGUCACUAAGUGGCAUGAUGUCAAUGAUGAGGCAGGAAAAUGCAGUGCAAUGCUAAAAUAACUUAGAAUAAGAAAUAACAAAAAUGCUAUUGGAAUAGAUUUAUUCAGUAGAUAGAGGCAUAUUUCAAUGUUUUUUUUUUUUUUUUUAAUACGACUAGAUCUAGAAUUCUAGAUCUAAGACUCUAGCUAUAGUCUAGUGACUUUAACUUUACAAUGCUCAAAUAUCAAACCGGAAGCGAAAAAAAAACAUUGACUUCUGAAACUGAAAAUCAACAAAACCUUCAAACAGCCGCUGUUCAUUUUUUAGAGAGUAAUCCCAAAUGCAGAAAGGAUCGGCAAAUAUUUUUACGGUUACAAAGUUUGUUUCUAAAACAAUAGGAAAUACGUAUAGAUCUAGAUCUAGAUCUAUAUCUAAUUUCAGAUUCGUCGAAGUCAAGUACAAUAAGUUACCAAUCUCGUUGCCGUUGCGUCUUUUAACCACUAUGUCCAACAUAGAAAGCAAUCAAAAGAAAAAUGACGCAGAUGAUUCUCCUAAGCAAGCUAAAUCUAAUGAAUCCAUUAAAUCUAAAUCUAAUGAAGACACUAAGCGAUCAUCACAUUCAGAUACUGAAGGGAAAAAAAGCAUUAUAGAAGAGAUGGAAACUGAAGUACAUGAGGACAAAUCUAAUUCUAAGACAGAAUUAUACUCAAUAAAGGACCCAAAAGCAAACCGGAGAUAUAUCAGUGCUCUUGAAGAAAAAGAGACGAUCCUAAAUCUGGACAUUGAAACAAAAAGAAGACUUUACAAAUGUAAAUCUAACUACACUCAAUUAAAGGAUGUGAAAAGCUGGCCAGAUUAUUUCAUAGAAGAAAAUAUCACAUCUGUAGCACCAGGUGACAGACUAGAGGGUGUUGAGGUGCGUGAGGACUGGAACCAGAAACUCUCCUUGUUUUGUGGAGAUAUCACCACUUUGGAGAUUGAUGCUAUUGUUAAUGCUGCUAAUGAAAGUCUUCUUGGGGGUGGAGGAGUUGAUGGCGCCAUCCACACAGCAGCUGGGCCCAUCCUUGUGGAUGAGUGCAGGGGACUAGGUGGCUGUGAUGCAGGGGAAGCAAAACUAACUGGUGGCUUUAAACUGCCUGCUAAAUAUAUCAUUCACACAGUUGGCCCCAGGAGGAAAGAUCCAGAUAAACUAGAGCUAUGCUACAAGAACUGUUUGAGUAUCUUGAAAGAACACAAGCUCAAAAGUAUUGCUUUUCCUUGUAUUUCCACAGGAAUAUUUGGCUACCCUAACGAAGAUGCCGCUAAGGUGGCUCUGGGCACUAUCAGGGGAUGGCUGGAGGAGGAGGAGUACGCCAAGGAGGUUGACAGAAUCAUCAUGUGCCUCUUCUUGAAAAAAGACAAAGAUAUUUACCAUAAGCUCAUGCAGUCUUACUUCCCUUUAGCUGAAAAAACAAUUCAGGAACAAAGAGCUGAAGAAAAUAAAGAUGAUGAGCAGGGUGAGUUCCAACCUGAUGCUGCCAGUAGCCCAGGGGGGACAGACAUAACAGAUGUUACACCUGAUGCUGCACAGGACAAAGAUGGUACCGCUGAUGCUGGUACAGAUGGCAAAACUGAGCCUGGUGCCACACCUAGCCCUUCGGGUGGCAAAGAUGUUUUUGGUGGGUCAGUUACUCUAAUCAAGUCUCCCCAUGGUUCCCAAGACACAUGAGUCAGAAGAAGUAGAGUUAAUCUGUUUCAAUGAGCUUGACAUAUAAAGGGAUAAUGCUGUCCUUAAUUAGCCUUAAUAUGCCCAGUCAACAUAAUUUUCCCUAAUCAGAGCUGGGUGGACUCACUCAGUGAUGUCAAAUGGACUUACAAUUUGAGAUCGGAACUCGAGACUUUAGCAAUCAUGUGCAAAAUGAGCAUCCAACCAUGCCAUCCCAUGUCUACCUUCUAUGAAUUGUAUCCCCUAUGUAAUCUGACAUUUUCCACUGUCCCCAUAAUUUGAAGACAGCUCCCCAUCUUUUUCCUCUCUCAGAUACCAAGUUAUGAAGUGCAAGUGUUGAAUGUUUAGAAUUGGCUAUGAUUUCAAGAAAUAAAUGUUUGAUGUUACUUA